UGAUGGUUUUAAUAAUGUUCUCUUGUCACGCAACGCCACCAAGUACACUAAUUCCCUGACACGUUAAUUUUGUUGAAUCUUCCACUUAAUAUUGACGAACAUUAAUGUCUUUUUCAAGCCGUCAUUUUGUCAUGGAUGAAUCACUUAAUGAUUACCCUGUGUUCUAGUAGUCAAGUGCGAGGUGUGUGUUUGGUCGGCUUGGUGAUCUGUUACAAUUCUCAUAUAUGCUAAAGGCUCAUUACCAGAUUGAUGGUCGAUGCAACAAAACAAAUUUCUCACUGCUGAGGACACUUAGACCGAUGUCGAUGCCUCUUAAGUCCUAUAUACGUAAAAACCGUAGCAAAUACAUAAUUUCGAUUCUUUCAUAGCCCUUGACCUAUAGCCUAAUUGUCUUUAAAUGUGACGUGGAUUAAGGUAAGCUCGUAGAUUCCAUAAAACACCUGUCCGAGCAUUUCGCCAAGAACUGAGAAAAUUUUCGCAUAAUCAUGAAAACAAUUUGAGAAUUAUAUAUUUUCGUCAUAAUUCGUAAAAAGACCUUCCUUUUUAGCUUUUUAUCGAACGAAGGAAACCAGAAAGAAAAUAUUGCUCUUCAUAAUAAAAAACAUUUGUCUGACGUAUACCUGGUUAUCUUGGAUUAUCGAUGCGGCGGCAGAGAAGACGGUGCAAGAUGCUCUUGAAGAAACAGUGAAACUACUCACAUCGGUUUAGGCUAUAUUCUCGGAGUGAAUUGCUUUAUACAUAAAUGACGUUCAUGUAGUUGAUGGAAAUGAUCAUGUCGGAAUCGCACAAACGCAUUGGUAGCAGACGUUUGCGCCAGUCACACAGUGCAAACAUCAUGAAGAAAAAUUCUCUUCCCAGAGUUUUUACAACGCCAGCUGAAGCAUCAAAACAUUCCGGUACACGACAGGUUACGAAAAUAAAUGGACUUCGGCAGAUGUCUCAACAGUACUUGUCGCAUUCUACUGCCCCUGCGAGGGUUUCUCCGAACAGAUGCAUAGGGAGCCCAUGGUUUUCUGGUGGCGAUACUGGUUUUCGUGAAAUACACAGUGCUCCAAGCCAUUGCUUCGUUAGGGGACCGUUUUCAAGUCCUUGCCCAAGUGUAACACCCGUGUUGUCGGAGGUUAGACGAAAAUUAUUGCUAUCUGAUAAAUGUGAGCACACGGUGAAAGGAAAGAGACGAGAGUAUUUCCAAUUACCAAGGCACAACAAUGUACGUCGUGGGAACGUUCCGCACUACACCAACUUUGUGUCAGGAAUCAACCUUAUCGAGCGGGAUUCAACCCCAUCACCGCCUCCGCAUCCACGGAGAGCUUUUGAAGAGGUAUCCCAGACAAGGAGAGAUUUACGGAGAAGUCAACUAUGGAAAAAACCAGUAGAGCAGCCUAUUAAAGUUACAAAUAAAAACAUAAUUGAGAUUGAGAAUUUUGAUGAAAGAGAUGGAAAAACUAAUGCAGAAGAUGAGUUGUUGAACCUACUAGAAGAUGAUAUGGUAGUUUUUGACCUGAUACCAGACCCGUUAGAGGGCAGGCUUGAUCAGAUUACUGAACCUCAUGCCCCUACACCAACACCACAGUCUUCACCUCCUCCAGAAGAAAAAGCACUUGAAGAGAGGGAGCCUACACCACCUCCACAGAUAUCCCCAACACCAGAACCAAGAACAGAAACACCACUGCCAAGAGAGGCAACAUCAUCUCCUCGAGAUUCACCACCACCACUACCAGCAUCACCACCACCAGCAACAUCACCACCACCAGAAUCAUUGUCAACAUCACCGCCACCAGCAAUAACACCACUACAAAUGCCACCAGAGGAGGUACUGGAACUGGAAGCACCAAUUCCUCCAAUAGUUGAGAGGGUACCAACACCACCACCUCAGCCAAAAAAAGAAGUCAAAUUCCAAGACCCACUGGUACAAGAUGUUAUUGAAGAUACUAAAACCACAGAAGUAAUUCCAGAAUUGGAGGUACCAUUGGAAGAAAAUGAGGAAGGAAAAGGAGAAUCCAGUGGUGGUGAAGAAGAAUUUGAGAAGGACUUUGUUGAGGAAAAUCAGAGUGAAAAUGGAGAAACAGAAAAUAAAGAGCAUGUUCCAGAGAUCCAAGAGCUUGGUUCAGCUGGCUCUGGUGCAGAGGGUACCAGUGAAAAUCAGAAUGAAGUUGAAGAUGGGAGUACUGAGAAACGAAGAACACUUGGUCCUCCACCAAAGUACAAAGUAGAUAUCUUGGGGCUAGAUUCCCAGUCAUUAAAAGAACUGCUGGAUAUUGAGAUGAGGAUGAGACGGCGUGGGACGGAAGCUUCACCUGAUAUUCCAGAGGUCUUAGACAUUUCUGAUGUUGAUAUCAAGAAACCCAAGAUGCAGUCAUGGUUGCGUGGACGUUUGGCACUUUCACGUCAGUCCAGUCGUUUUGAAAUACCAAUGGAUGUACGUGUCCUGGAGUCGAUGACUCCAAUGGAUUACCUCAUAAGGUACUGUAAGAUAAAUAAAAGAAGGCAGGCGCUGUACAAGAAGGCAUUCAGAAAGGUGGACAGAGAUAAUGAUGGCGUAAUUAAUUUUAAGGAAAUGGAAAAGGCUCUUGGGGAUAUUUUUGUUGAUUCCAUUGAUUCCAAACAAAUUCAGACACUACAGGAUCUGCUAAAGGCAGAUCGAAGUAUAAAGUUGAGAUCCAAGAUGUUUUGUGCAAUAUCCGCAUUGACGGAAAGACUGCUGUUCCAGCAACUGACAACUGAAGAAGCUGCAGAACUACUGAACCAUAAAAAAGAGCGUAUUGAAGAUGCAGACUUCUCAGCUUUGGACUGGAAACUGGAAGGCUGCAAAAUUCAGCCAGAAUUGAGGCAACUUCUCUACCAAUUAUGAAACACAUAAAUUUAAAUAAAUUCAACCAAUGGAGUGCUUACUUUUCAUGACCUCAUUAUAUACAAUAUUGUAGCUAAACUUUGAUGAUUUUUUAUGCCAAGGAAAUGGACUAAGAGUAUGAUGUAUGCAAUAUGCCUGCAUAACAUUCUCAACAAUAAACAAAUGCAGACUUCUGAAAAAGAAUUAAAUAUUAAAUAUACUUUAUUUAACUUUAUUGAUAAUGAUAAGAAUCAUUCAAGAGACAAUCAAAUCUUAGCAACCAUUAUUGAAUUAUUGUUAUUCUACAAUUUUCUGAUUAAAAAAAUGAAGAGGUUUU